ACUGUUCAGCGUUCUUAUUAUUUUUUCAUUAAUUUCUAAUACCUUAUACCGAUUCAAAAUGGUUUUCUUUAAGCUGUAUUUAUUAACGCUUACAUGUAUAGUAAUAGCAGUUUGGGUUAUGCCUGUAUCUGCUACACUGGAUGUAAAUUCAUUACGAAAUGAUUGCGAAGCGAUUUUAAUUUCCUGUGGAUUUACAAAUGAAAUAAAUGACUCAACACAUACUGAAAUAACAGGAAUGAAAUAUUCAGCAACUAUAAAUGCCCUUACCAAGGAGGAAAAUACCGGUACCAAUUUGCACCGUCAAAUGGAAAAUUUUGUGAAAAAUACAGGCGAAAACGGUUUUCGUGGAAAAAAUGGUCCACAAGUAAAUUGAAUCAAUUUAUAAAAAGAAUAGCAACAAAUUUAUCAAUAAAAUACCAAGAAUUUUAUUACAGAAAAAACCUCAAUGAAUUUGUAACAAAUGAUCCCAAAAGACCGGUUACUUUUUUUUGUGAUGAUUUUAUCAAAAAUGAAGACGAAAAAAUUGCAACUAUUACGAACUUGUUUAAACAUGAUUAAAUAUUUUAUUUACUCGUUUGAAGAUAAAUAUAAAUUAAACUAUAUAAUACAAUUACAUAUUAUAUUUUAUAUAGCAUUAUAAUACAUACUAUACUUUAAUAAUUCAUAUUAAAAUAAAUUCGAUGUUUUCGACAAAAAUAAAUUAUAAAUUAAUAUUAUAUUAUAUAUUAUUAUACUAAUACAUACUAAAUAAGAAUAUUUUUUCUAUCUCUA